CCUCACGCAGACAGCCGCACGGCAGCGCCCUGGAUAACAGGAUUAGCGCUCUAUUAGUCCAAUACUGAGCACCACUGGAUGCGGCACACGGAUCAUUCUGCGAGGAGAGACGGAAGAAACGGAGCGAAGAAUUCACGCUUCAUGGAUCUCCUGUGCUUCAUACUGAUCUGCUUCAAGAAGUUCCGCACUGAGAGUUUUUUCAACGCGCCUCUGACUCUGGAGAGCUGUGUCACCUUUUAGAUGAACUGACAGUCUUAGAAAUACUAAGAGCGUCUCCUGGAGCAGCUUGUACACAAUGAAAGAGAAAAAUCCAGGAAAGCCUCAGAAGAGUCAUUCACUUCCUUCAUUUCUCAGCCCUGCUAUGAGCUACUAGCUCAUUCCUUGCUGGUGGAUGGUAUUAUUUUAUAACCUCAGCUGAACUCAUAGGAGGUGUUCCAAUCUGCUACAAUGGGGUUUGACAACGACACCAACCAAACUCUUAGGUCUACGUUGGCUUCUUAUAGCCUCCAGACGUCCCUGCUGCUCACCAUCCUGGUGGGGAUCAUGAUCCUGUUGACAGUGUUUGGCAACGUGCUGGUGGUCAUAGCUGUGUUUACAAGCCGGGCCCUGAGGGCUCCACAGAACUUAUUUUUGGUGUCUUUGGCAUCAGCAGACAUUUUGGUGGCUACUCUGGUGAUGCCGUUCUCUUUGGCCAAUGAGCUCAUGGGAUACUGGUACUUUGGUGAGGUCUGGUGUGAGAUAUACCUUGCACUUGAUGUUCUUUUCUGCACUGCCUCCAUUGCCCACCUCUGUGCCAUCAGCUUAGACCGCUACUGGUCCAUCACACAGGCCAUUGAGUACAAUCUGAAGAGGACGCCCCGACGUAUCAAGUGCAUCAUCUUCAUUGUGUGGGUGAUUGCAGCGGUUAUCUCAUUCCCACCUCUUAUCACCAUGAAGAAGGAAAACAAUGAGGAGUCACCGGUGUGCACAAUAAAUAAUGAUAAGUGGUACGUCAUCUCCUCCUGCAUCGGCUCCUUCUUCCUUCCUUGCAUCAUCAUGGUCCUGGUCUACGUGCGGAUCUAUCAGAUCGCCAAGAAGAGGACACGGGCACCAACUGGGGACAGGAAGAGGGUGGAGAGGCCUCAGACAGCAGCCGCCGCUGUUGCUAACCAGAGGGCGAAUGGCCUGGGUGCAGGGGAGGGUGAGGAUCGCCAUUGCCAUGAAAAGCUCAACGGUGAGCGGGACAUUGAGCUAAAAGAGGGAGUGGGAAGAGAAAGAGGAGCUGAUGAGGAGAAAGAUGAAGUCAAUGGGGUGGACAUUGAGGAUUCGUCCUCCUCUGACCACAAAGUGAACAAUCCCUGCUCCAUCAAAAAGAAAACAUUUACGGGGAAAACCAAACUAUGUCAAAUCAAACCUGGGGACAAUGAAGUUCAAAAACCAGUACAAAGCUCCAAGGGGAGCCGCUGGAAGGGCCGCCAGAACCGGGAGAAACGUUUCACCUUUGUCCUGGCUGUGGUCAUUGGGGUGUUCGUCGUCUGCUGGUUUCCAUUUUUCUUUACGUACAUGUUGUUGACUCUGUGCGUGUCCUGCUUCGUCCCUCCAAACCUGUUCAAGUUCUUCUUCUGGUUUGGCUAUUGCAACAGUGCACUGAACCCCAUCAUUUACACCAUUUUUAACAAUGACUUCAGGAGGUCGUUCAAAAAAAUACUUUGCAAGAGGGACACCAGAAGAUAUGUAUGACAGACUGCACAACAGACUUUUUUUUAAUGGUAGUGUACAUACAUUGUAAAUAACUUGACUAUUGUGCAUGGAUCACUGGCUUGUGGUUGCUCUACAUGUUCCCUGCUUGGAAAAGCUCUCAGAACGGAGCUGUACGUGCAAGAUCAGCCCAGAGAUUUUCUCAUUCUUUACUGAAACAUCCACCACCCACAGCUUCAAUAUCCACCAUGUUCACACAGAGCAAGGUCUGAACAGUGCAGAACACCACAGAGAAGCCAUUAUCAUAUGUUGUAAAUGCCAUUUUUAUUUUUUUAAAUCCAGCAAGUAAAGUCUAUAUGUGUUUGUAUAUUGUAUGUAAGACAGUACAUUCUACAAAACGUCUGAAUAUUUGUCUCAGUUUUGUUGUCAUGGAUUUAUGGAUUUAUUGUGUCAUUUUGUAUGAAAUGACGAUAGUGAUGGUGAAAAACUGCGGGUAAAUGCAGGCUCUAUACCGAAUAAAGCAAUUUACCUGAACUGGU